AUGGACGAAGCCUCAUCCUCAAAUAGCCAACAGAGGCUUACUAGGGCAUCAAGUUUGGGCAGAUGUGCUGAUUCUAUGUAUUUUACAAUGAUUUCUAUUAAAAGCGACACCGUUGGAGGAUGUAGCGUUUCCUUUGUUCCAGAGCAACUUCAAAAAUCAAAAGUGGAAGCUUACAUGCCACAGGUGGUCUCCAUAGGACCCCUACACAAGGGAACUAAAAGGGACCUUCUAUACAUGGAGGAGACCAAAUGGCGCUGCAUGACGUAUCUCUUACUUCGAACCAAGAAAGACGAAGCGGGUAUGUUUUUUCUAAUGACAAUGUGCAUCGAAGCUUUGUCGAGGGCAGAUGACAUGGUUCGCGCAUGCUACAAUACUUAUGAGAUUAAGUUCGAUCGCCACGAACUCGCCAAAAUUAUGGUACUGGAUGGUUGUUUUCUGCUAGAGCUUCUCAUAUGUGGAUCACCCGAAUUAGACGAACGGUUAAGGUGGACCUUAGAUGAACCUAGUCCCGGAGCUGAAGUCAUAAAAAGAGAGAAGGUCUUGUCGGAUUUGACGAUGAUGGAAAACCAAAUCCCUCUCAUAGUUCUCAAAAGGAUCUCUGGAAUACUUUUUCCCGAAAUUUUUACAGACGGUGGUACAGACAAAUUGAUACAAAAUCUUGCACUUUCUAUAUUGGGCUACAACGCUCCGGAUUCCGAUUUCAAAGCCUCUCAUUUACUCGAGUUUGUUCACCAGGAUUUGAAGAGUUCUAUAAGCAGUGGAGAAGUUCCAAAUACCAGACAUGGAAAACAAAAUCUACAGCGCUGCGCUACUAGGCUCGAAGCAGCUGGGGUUACAAUCGGACCUCCACAGGCACAGAGCGAGAAUGCAAAUAUGGAAGCUGGGGUAACAGCUGAACCUGCAGAGGCACAGAGCGAGGUUACAACACAACCUUCAGAGGCACUGAGCGAGGCUGCAAAUAUGGAAGAUGGGGUUACAGACAAACCGCCAAAGGCACAGAGCGAGGUUACAACUCAAUCUCCAGAGGCACUGAGCAAGGCUGCAAAUAUGGAAGUUGUGGUUAAUGUCAGACCUAGGGUUGCAGCUGAGACCAGGUUUGACUUGAAGGUAACAUUCAGCGACGGGAAACUAGAAAUUCCGCAACUACAUAUUACUGAAACCACCGAAGCUAAGUGGAGAAACUUCAUUGCUUGGGAGCUUAAGAGAACUACCCUAGAAAAACAGCGCGGGGUUAGGAAUGAAGAUAGAAUUAGCUGCCAAUUCAUUUCUUAUGCUUUGUUCUUUCAAAGUUUGACUUGUUCCGUCCACGACGUUAAACUGCUUCGGGAUAGAAAUGUCAUAGUGGUACAUAAAUUAAUGAGCGACGAAGAUUUGCUGAAUUUAUUUCAUAACAUCAUAGAGGGAGUUCCUGAUGCUGAGAUCGAGAUGGAUUCCUGGUUUGCUCAGGUGAUUGAGAAUUUGAACUCGCACCCAACUACUGUAGAUCGUGUCACGACAACCAGUAAAAUCAUGUGGCAUAUUUUCAUAUGCUUUCUAACAUGGAGCUGGUACCAAUGUAGAGGCACAUAUCGGGGGUUGAGACGUGUUUAUUUUCCUUCGGGAUGGAAACUAAUAGCACUGCUUGCAGCUGCACUGGGACUUGGUCUAACCAUCGCCCAGACUGUUUUUUCGGCACUCGGUCAAUAA